CUGAUCACUGGCUGUACCUCCUCUCUCACUCACACGCUGCACGUCCAACACAUCAGCUGCUCUCUCCCCGACAGUCCUGCUGGAUUAACCGCCGAGCACCGGAGGAGUUCAACCGGCCGCUGCAUCCUGGGAAGGUCAGUGAUGGUCAGUGCGAGUUAAACCCUGCAGCCAAGGAUGUCUGCUACAGAUUCGGACAACUCCAUUGACUGGCUGGCUAGUGACAAUGAGGACAAUGAGAGCGAACGGGAGUCUGACUGUUCCGCAAAGCACAGCCAGACAGUGGCUCCUCGCUCCCCCAGCGCCGCCCCCCUACACCUGGGCCCAUCUGACAGCAGCUGCCGCCGGGGCAGCGAGGUGAAGGGGGGCGACAACGACUGGAGCGAGGUCAGGGAGGCCUCCAGCCGGGGAUCUCCACUUGGCUGCACGGAGACGUGGGACAGCUCCAUUGGACUGUAUAAAACACAACAAGGAGGAAAAACAAACGGCAAGAACACUCAGCAAGCACUGAAGAGGCCUCACAGCUUCACAGAGGAGAAAAGGCAGCUCAUUUCCAAUGUUUCAGACAGGAAACGGCUGCUCAAUCGGAAGUGCAUGGAGCUACAAUGCUACAUUCACCCACUGUCACUGAUACUGAAUGGCCUUCGAUCAGGGAGAUACAGAGAACGACUCAGCAGUUUCCAGGAGAGUGUGGCCAUGGACCGGAUUCAGAGGAUCAUGGGUGUCCUGCAAAACCCCUGCAUGGGGGAAAAAUACAUCACUAUCAUUCUUAAAAUGGAGGAAAUGCUAAAGAGCUGGUUUCCAAAUGUAAAACUCCAAGACCAACUUGCUGACCCUCAGACAGAAGAAGCCGUUCCUACCAAGAAACUGAAGCUUUCUCCAGUGACUGUCACUGCAGCCAGGAGCCCCGUCACCAUCAGUGAUCCUCCAGCUGGCGCCAAAGCCCUGAGAGUCACCGACCUCACUCCACCCGGAGCAUACUCCGCCAGUAACCUGAAAUGGCUCCACACGUCGCCCAUCUGCUCACCAACAGCAGAGCAGGCUCAGGCAGGGUCCAGGCACCUGCAGUCCCCCAGAGACAGAGACCUAACGCAGGACAACGCUGUGUCCUCCAGCACAGACAGCCACACUAAGACAGACUCAGUGCCCAGGGGCCCUCCGCCUGGGAAAAUCAACGCUCCCUGCCUAGAGAGGCUCCUAAAGUCCACAGAAAGCAUCAUCAGCCGCAAGGGAACGGGGGGUCUGAUGGACAGCAGCUGGUCCUAGUCCACACAGUGAGCUGGGUGUCCAGCUGUAAGCACCUCACAGCCCAGCCUAGCCUUUGCCCACCACCCCGCCAGGAGCCAGUCAGCUCGCUUAGCCCAUUCCAGCCUUCAGGGGAGACGGAAGCCUUCAAAAAGGGAUGUCACAUAUUCCUCUUUAAUGUGCAAGGAGUGUCGACGAACAUGUACUCUCUGUACGGGAAUGUGCCCUCUCUGACAUGACGAGUGUCUGCUUUAGUUCCCUUUUGUUGACUUCUCUUUCUUUUUUGUUUGCACUCUUGAAUAGCAUGUGUGCGAGUGGGAAAGGAUAGAUGUCACAUGCUGAGGUCACCAGAGCUGGUGAUCUUAUAACUGAAUUGUUCCCACUGGCUUGUAGAUGCAAUAAUACAGUUUGAGUAUCUGUGAAAAACGCCAUUUUGCCUGAAAGGGAAAAAUUGCAGGAGCAGUUUGAGCUGGAAGGGAGAAUUUUAGACAUCCAGACAUGUCAGUGGUCUACAUAUUGUUGUGCUGAAACUGUGGGUGAAAUGUGAUGUUAUUUUCUCCCCCCCUGAUCCCAUGACUCCACUCUUAAGUUUAUUGAUGUGACUGUUACUCAUUUGUAUACUUUAUAAAUAAGUCUUUUGGUACAACUGUUCUACCUCAGUGGGCACCACGUCACAGUUAGUGAGUAGGAAUGUGAAAGUAAGGACACCUCACCAGAUCUGCAGUGAGCCAAACGGCCUCUGACAGCGAGGUCUGCAGUACAAACAGAGGACGCUCUCUCUAUUGGGGAUGCUCUCGUGGCCUGACUGGUGCCAUUGUAAAGAAUGUCAACUGCAGAUUUCUUUUUAUGAGUCUCCCAGUAGAUGGCAAACAGUGCCUGUAACAUCAAGCUGUGCCUGUAAGCCGGUUUGAUACAAAGAGAGAGAACGUUCAGAAUACCUGCUCCUCUGUGGGAUGUACAAAUCAGGAAUUCUCACUCUCCUGCCAUUUUCCUGUAUCGAGUAAAUUAUUCAGAUCUUGCCAACUACUUUCUGUGGUGGAGUAGAACAUUUCUUUUAUUUUGCCACAGAACUGGACAGUAUGUUAGACCAGCAGAGAGGGACAAGGUAUUUCUCUGUGUAAAUCUUACAGGAAGGUUGUUGAUUUACCCUGAAAAGUGGCCUUUAUAGUGUGAAAUUUUAUACUUUCAAAUAAAUGUGGUUAUCUUUGUUUGA